GGCGGGCCCCCAUGUGGUGGAAGGGGCCGGACGGCACUUAAGCUUAGAAGAGCUGUUAAAAAUUUUUUUAUUAUUAUUAUUUUUGGGGUGGGAUUUUUCUGACUUGGAUCUUGACUAAGCGGGGCCUUUAUGGCGGGAAGGACUACAAAGCCCAUCAGGGGCGUGGAGUGGGGGGAAGGACUCCCUCUCCCAAAGGGUGAAAGAAUGGCUGAUCGACAAGCUGAGAGAAGAGAAUGAAAUAAAGCAGGAUAAAGAGCUUCUAAAGGAGCUUCCUUAAUGAUGGCGACGCAAGAUAUGAGCAUGCAUAUGGAGGAGGUUGUCGUGGUAACAACUCCAGAUAGUGUGGUGGAUGGCAGCGGUGUGGAGGAAGUGAAGACUGUCCUCGUUACCACCAAUUUGUCCCAGCAUGGGAGUGACCUCAGUGAGGACACCCUGGAGACCGAAAACGCAGCUGCUGCAGCUGCCGCAGCUUUUACCGCCUCUGCACAUCUGAAGGAAGCCCUUUUAGUGAAGAUGGCGGAAGGAGAGGAAUGCAUAGAAGCUGAGGUGGCUUAUCCCAUCACCUGUGGUGACAGCAAAGCAAACCUGAUAUGGCGGAAGUUUGUUUGCCCCGGCAUCAACGUGAAGUGUGUGCAGUACGACAAUCAUUUGAUAAGUCCUAAGGAAUUUGUGCAUUUGGCUGGCAAGUCCACCCUGAAGGACUGGAAAAGGGCCAUCCGAAUGAAUGGAAUCAUGCUAAGGAAAAUCAUGGAUUCAGGCAAGCUGGAUUUCUAUGAGCACACCAAAGUUUGCUCGAAUACCUGUCGCAGCACUAAAAUCGACCUGACCGGAGCCAGGGUGUCCCUCAGCAGCCAGACGUCAUCAGAGUACACCCCUCUCACUCCGGCCUCCGCCGACGUCAACGGAUCUCCGGCCACCAUCACCAUAGAAACCGAGGAUGCCGGCGAGUGGACCACUGCUAUCGGAGAGGACGUCUUUACAUUUUGGCAAGGGCUGAAAGACGCCGGGUUGCUUGAAGAAGUGGUGCAGGAGUUCAGGAUGGAGUUCACGGAAGCGGUGAGGGGUCUGCAGCAGAGGAUCCAGGAGCUGCCUUUGCAGCUGAACGAUGCCAUCCUGCUGAACAACAUCGUCCAAAACUUUGGCAUGCUGGACCUGGUGAAGAAAGUUUUGGCCAGUCACAAGUGCCAAAUGGACCGUUCCAGAAAGCAAUACACGCGAGACUUGGCAGCUCUGGAGCAGCAGUGUGACGAGCACCGCAAGAGAGCCAAGGAGCUGAAGUACAAAUCCCAGCAUCUCAACAACGUGCUGAUGACCUUGACGCCCGUCUCCAUCCCCUCCCCUCUCAAACGCCCCCGGCUAACCCGGGCCACAUCAGGACCACCGGCCAUCACCUCCCAACUCCUGACUCAGUCGGCCCAGAUUGCCGUGGCUCCAGGCGUGCCGGUCACCCAGCUGGCCGGUUUGCCCAUCGGCAAAGUAGUCUCCGCCCUGCCGGCGUCUGCUCUGGCCAAGGCCACCGCCCAGGUGACGUCAGCCGGCUCGCCCAUCUCCUCGCUGCUGGGCGGAUACACCAUCUUGGCGUCGGCGGGUUCCGCCUUCUCCAACGCGGUGGAAAUCCAUCCGGAAGCCUCCAACCUCACCGUCUUGAGCACCGCGGCCAUCCAGGACAGCAGCACGGUGGUCAAAGUGGUGAGCCCUUUCCAGCUGCUCACCCUUCCAGGGCUGGGCACGGCCAUCCAGAACGUGACGCAGGUGUCUCCCGGGGGCAGCACCAUUGUGGCUGUGCCAUCCAGCAUAAUGGAAGGCGCUUCGGCCACGGAGGAACACACCACCAUUGAGGUGACCACCGUAGCGGACGAGCCUCAGCAGAAAUGAAACGCAGACGUUGGGUCCAUUUUUUGGGGGGGGAAGUGCUCCGGGCUUACGGACCCGUCCCUUGGAGGAGAAGACGGCGAAAACGAAGAAGAGAGUGCUGGGGAAAAAAGGAAGGGAAAACGGAUCAGCUGAUGGAGGAAUAGGGAGGUUGAAAUCAUAAAGAGAAGAAAGAUGAAAAGAGACCCCAAAACGAAGGGAGAAAGGCACUGAAGCGGCAGGAAAAACACCCCUGUUCCUGGGAUCCAUUACAGGCGCUAAUCUUUGCACCCCCAGCUUGUAAGCGCUCCCCCCCCCCCAUCUCUAGCCAGCUCUGGGAAACCGAGGCAGCUGAGACAGGUUUCAAAGCAUGAAACAGUUCACCAAACCAGGCAGGCCAAAGGAUUAGGUAGCCAGACAGGAAUAUUUUAAAAAUAUUUCAGGGCUGGCAAGAAGGGUGUGUUUGGGGGGGGGGGGUCCCAGUACCAGGCAAUUGCCUGAAUGUUUGGUUAGGGGGCUGAUGGACUGUUUCUCUGCCAGAAUGGAGGUGGAUAAAAAAAUCUGGCAUUUGCCCCUGGGAGAAAUGUAGAAGGAGCCCUGUUGCGGUUUGCCAAAAGGCGCAGGGGACAGGGAAUAGCGGCUUGAAAAAUUGGGAAAGUCCCGUGAGGACGCAGGAGGCUUGAAAGGGAGAUGGGGUGGGGGGGAGACUUUGGUGAAGGACUUGAAAGAGCUUCUAUUUGCUGAGGCUCCCCCUUCCCCCCCCCCCAGCUUGCAUCUCAGCCCCAGAGCAUUCAAGAGGAAGCCCUGGCCAAACUGCUGAAAGUGUUGGGGGGAUUUUCCCCUCCCCCCCAAGCGGGUCUGUCCUCCAUGGCUACCCAGCCUUAUCCUCCCCACCCCCAAGUGCAGGGGUAGGCCACCUUGGCUCUUUUAUGACUCGUGGACUUCAACUCCCAGAAUUCCUGAGCCAGCCACGCUGAGGGAAAAGGGAGAGGUUUCCAAGCUGAGCCAUGCUGGCUCAGGAAUUCUGGGAGUGGAAGUCCACGAGUCAUAAAAGCGCCAAGGUUGCCUACCCCUAGUCUAAAUCCAACAUUGGGUCCUUCAGUGGCAUCCUAGGACAGGGGUAGGCCACCUUGGCUCUUUUAUGACUCGUGGACUUCAAAUCCCAGAAUUCCUGAGCCAGCCACGCUGAGGAGAAAGGGAGAGGUUUCCAAGCUGAGCCAUCCUGGCUCA